GGCACCGCUCGUCCCGACCAUCCAGAAGGCCAUCGCCACACCCAGCAGUGAAGACGACCAAAUUCUUCACGAAAGAACGGAAGAGAAAAAAACAACAAAAGUGAAAAUUCAUUUUUUGGAUUUGAUAUUAUUCAUCGUGAAAUUAUUGCGUCUCACAGCAAUGAUUUUUGUAAUUGUGUGAGUGUGUGUGCGUGUGUGUGGCUGUGUUGCAGUGGACAGUGUGUGUGUGUAAAGUGUGUGUGUGUGGAUUUUCUUUUUUAAACGACGAAAAAGAAAUCGCCAAAAAGUGCUGGGUGGGAAAAAUUCAAAAAAUUGAUUCGAAAUUCCGACAUUUUUGUGAUUUACAUAUAAACGACCAAAACAAAGAAAUUUGAAUUGAAUAAUCAUGGAUAUCCAUCCUCGUCGGAUUGAUUGGAAAUCUAAUUCAUUUUCUUAGAUCUAUAUAUAUCUAUAUAUAUUUAAAUAUAUUAUUUGAUCUAACGACAAACACCGAAUCCUUUCUAACGCAACCAAACACAUCAAAUUAGACCCCCCAACGAAAAGAAAUUUUGUAUUGAUGUCUGUCAUCGUCGAGUCGUCUGAUUGGACGUCCAUCAUCAGCACAGAUCAUGACGUCGUCGGUUAGGAUCCAGCCGAUGAUUCGUGUCGCCUCUUGGACCAGCCUCAGCCUCAACAGAGCCGAAGAAGGAGAAAAAGGACGACCAAAUCGACAGUCGAUCCUUUCUCUUCUUCUCCCUCUUCGCCGAUCAUAAAACCUAAACACACAAAUUCCACAUAUAAUAUAUCAGAGGAUAUCCGCCAUUAGUCAAAGAGCUAGAAAGCGCCAAGAAGAAUGAACCAGCAACAACAACAACAACAGGAAUUGCUGGACGAGGAUCAGCAGUCGGCCAGGAGCUGGCAACCGUUGGCCGUCCAGCAGCAGCAGCAGCAGGCCGGCAGUUGCGGGAGUUUGUCGUCAGUGGGUCUCCACCAGGCCACGCCCAUCCGCCAUCACUCCAAAUCGUCCAGCCAACAACAACAGUCGAGAUUGCUGGGCCAGCAGCAGCCGGACUUUUCGACGGCCGUCGGCUCCGAUUGCUGGACGCCGCUGAACGACACGGCCUCGUCCAACAGCUCCUCAUCCUCCGGAUGGCGACACUUGACGGCCAGCUCCAGUCCGUCGCGGUCGAGGUCGCAACAACAGCAACAACACCAACAACAGGAGUCGCUGACCAACAGCAUGUCGUCCAGGCGGUUGAGUCCGCAUUGCUGGUCCAGCGAGAACCUCCUGAACGGCAAGGACCAGCAGCAAAGUCGCUGGACGUCGUCCGACCCGCUCUCCGCCCAGCACCACCACCACCACCUGCAUCCGGCCGGCGGAAUGGAGUCGGACAGGGAGCCAUUUAUUCCGCCUCCGCCGCUGCUGGACUUUGAGACGGCCAAUUUGCUUCCGCCGCUGGGCAUUGACGUCAGUUCACCGUCGGAUGACCUCCACUUCCUCUCGCCUCCGCCCGGCGACUCCAUGCUGGGCAACUCUGACCAGCAGAUUCCGCAACAACAGCAACAACAACAACAACAGCACGACGGAAUGAGGAGCGGAGGUGGUGACGGCGGAGUCAAUUGGGUUCAGAUUCCUCCGCAAUACGCCACGCUCCGGGGCCGUCCGUCCCGCAACGGAAGCGACGGAUAUUCGCUGACGGCCGCCCGGAAGCCCCGCAACAACCACUCGACAGUUCCGGCUUCUUCCGGCUGGAUGGAUGUCGAUCACGAUUCUUCCGUGUCCAGCAGCGGGGGAGGAUGUCACCGGACGGCCAUCGGAUCGGACGGAAUCAGCCGGAAAUGCACCUGCGGCCAGAAGAUGCGACUCCAGCAGCAACAACAACAACAACAACAGUCGUCGCUGUAUCCGGACAUGAUGGGCGGAGGGGGUCACAUCCGCUCGGAAGACGGACUGGCCGGCAUAGCCACUCUAAGGCGGCCGGUCAAACGCAAAGUCCGGAAUCAAUUGCCGGGCAGCAGCAACAACGUCCAGCUGCAAGCUGGGCAGGGAUCUUCUCCGGCCGGAAGCGGAGCCGGCCAAGUCAAUUCCGGAAAUCUGGGGAUCUCCUCGGGCUCAUCCGCCGCUGCGGCCGGACUCCUCCAACAACCCAAAAUGGAGACUUCCGUCUUGCUGGACAAGUUACUCCGGGCCGGCGCUUUGCGGCCGGAAGAUUAUCUGGUCCUGUCCAGGAUGGAGCGGAUGAUUAUGGCCAAUCACGCGGCCGGAGGCAACAGCAGUCUCAACCAAUCCGGGACUCGUGUCCGGCAGCCAAAGUCCAGCAGCGACCGCCAACAACAACAACAACAACAACAGCAAAUCAUUUCGCCGGCGGAGAGCGGGACGGACAUGCGUAGGGAAUUUGAAUUUGGUCCUAAACAAUCGGCCGGCCUGGCCGUCUCGGGCCAGCUGGCCUCCAACGAGAACCUGUACGACACGGCCUCGCCGGCCUUGGUGGUCCAGCAGCAUCAGUACCAGCGACGCCUGUCGGCCGGCAACAACGGACUGGACGUCUCGGCCGGGCAGCAGAUGCGGAUGCAGCAGCCGAUCCAGCUGUCGGGCACCAGCCGGCCCUCGCCCGGCCCUUCGUCGCCGUUCGAUUAUUACAGCAGCAGUUUGGCCAGCUACUCGAGUAGCGUGGUGACGGGCCGGGGUUCGUCGCUGGGCAGCAGCAGCGCCAGCGGCGAUCAUUCCUUAUUAGCGCAACCACAGCAACAACAACCGCAACAGCAACAGCCUGGGCGCUUGACGGGCGGGUCCGGCAGCACUAGCAACAACCCGGAGGGACUUUACUCGGUGGCUCAGAGUGCUGGGCCGUACCAGCCGCUGGGCGGAUUGCCCAGCAGCGCGUCCAGCCGAUGUUGCCCGUGUUGCGGCUCACCUUCGCAUCCGCAACUGCAGCAACAACAGCAACAACAUCACCACCACCACCACCACCACAUCCAUCACACUUGUUCGUUGUGCGGGGGCGGGCCGCACCUGUCAGCCGGGCCGGUGGCGGCCGUGGCGGCCGCAGCCGCCGCCGCCACCACCAGCAGCUACUCAUCCGCAUACGGAAGCAAUUCCGCCUCGAAAAUGAUGAGCAUCCAGCAGCAGCAGCCGACGGCCGUGCUGGCCUCGCCCGGCUACGGCUUCGCCAGCAGCUCGACGGGCCGUCACUUCUCGUCGGCCGGAAUGGACCCGGCGUUCAACAACAGCGGCGGCGGAUCGUUGAAUUCGAAAUAUCCCGCCAUCGGCUCGUCAUCCGUUUCCGGCGGCAAUUCCGGCACUUCGCCCGGCCCGUCCCUCCAGCCGGGGCUGGCCAAGGGCGGGCUCAAUCAUUCCCAGCAGCUUGGCGUCCGCACCGAACUCCACAGUCUGCCCAGCAACGAACCAAUCAGAUUCACCAUGGCCGCCCAGAACGGUGCUCAACAUCAGCCCAAGAUCUCGCCGGGCCAGGGUUUUCACCGCUCGGUGUCUACACCGGCCCCGGCCUCGUCGUCGUCGGCCAGGAUCGGAGCUCUCCAGCAGCAGCAGUCGGUGCAGAUGAACCCGUCGGUUGAAUCUCAGCAGCAGCAAGCUCACCGGAUGGACCCGUUGGCCGUCUCUGGCAACCCCAAUCAUCGGGUCGGGCUCAGCCGAUCCUUGUCUAGGACCGAGGCAGUCAAAGAGUAUUUCAAACAGAGUGCGGCCACAUUCUUCGGGCUGGACGAGAGCAAAGAGAGCGAACUCCGGCAGAGAUGGGAGGACAGACGGAGGAGAUUGGCGGAACGACGCUGCGGAACACUACGGGAAUCCUGCUCACACGACGAAGGACUGGAGUCGCGCGAUCUGGUGGACGGGCACGGCGCCGGUGCUGCCAUCCCGUUGGAGAGAGUGGCCGACUCGCCGGAAGGCGGAUCGAUCCCCGACGGAUCCACCAGCACUUUGCUGAUUCAUCCGCGGCUCAAGCGGCGCGAGUCGGUGGCCAGGAUGACCUGGGACGGACUGGCCUACCUGGCCACGGCCAUCGUCCGGCUCAGACCCAACGGACCCGACGAGGAGUCGGUCCGCUCACGCAGCGUGUCCCGGGAGGCCUUUGCGGUCACCGCCUCGGCCGCUUCGUCCUCGCUGCCCGGUGGUCCAGGUGGAAGUGGUGGUGGUGGUGGUCCAGGAGGAGCCAACAACCGGACCGACUCGUCCUCGCGCUCGGCCGGCGGCUCCCUGGGCAAUGCCCAGCCCCUGCCGCCGGACGUGACGAUGGACACGGGCGGGACGGCCAAUCUCGGCUGCGUCGACGUCACCCUGGACGACGAAGUCUUUUUCGACUCGCCGCCGCCCGCCUACGAGGACGUGGUCGACGCUGCUCACAUGGGCCCACCGCCGUCCGGCGGGCCAGCCCAUCGACGGGAAUCGGAGGCCCGGCCGUCCAGGUGGAGGCGGGCCGUUCACGGCAACGGACCCAGCGGUCCGUCGGUGGUGGAUCGAUUGAUGGACAACUCGAAUCGGAGGCAGUACGGAAUGGGCGUCGUCGGUCGGAUGACGAGGCGAUCGCUGCGCCAGUCGAUGACGGAGAGCAACAAACAUUUGAAGCGACAGUUGGACUCGUUCGAGGACCACCGUCCCUAUUUCACUUACUGGACCUGCACCGUCCAGGUGCUCAUCAUGUUCAUCGCCCUCAUCACUUAUGGAUUGGGACCUAUCGGUUUCAAUCUGCACCGACGCUCCGGAUCGGUACUCGUGACCAGUUUAUCUCUGCAAGAAGUCGACUAUUACGAGCCUUCCAAUUUCUACAUCGGACCGAGAGCGGCGGAUCUGAUCCACCUGGGCGCUAAAUACAGUCCGUGCAUGAAGCCGGACACGCGGAUCGGGGCGGACAUUGAAGCCACCCGGAUGCGUGAACGACAGACGGCCUGCUGCAUCCGCAAUGAUAAUUCGGGUUGCGUUCAGACAUCCAGGGCCGAGUGUUCGUCUCUUCCCUCUGUGCCGCCUUAUCACAACACGGAGCGCGGAAUUGGCACGGAUUUGACUUCGACUUGGAAAAAGUGGAAUGUCGUUCAGUCUGGACCCGGUGGGCGGAUAUCCGGCUCCGUUUGCGGCCAGGAUCCAAAUUUUUGUAUAGAACCAGCGUCAGUGGCGCCGUUCGAAUGGCCGGACGACAUCACCAAAUGGCCGAAAUGCCGCAAAAAACUGCCCGGUUUAGGGGGAUCCGGGUCGGAAUCAAAGUCGAAUGCCAAUCAGGUGUUGAAGACGACCGGACAGGCCGAUCACAUGGUCUGCGAAGUCAUCGGACACCCGUGCUGCAUUGGUAUUCACGGCGAAUGCCGGAUCGCCACUCGCGAGUAUUGCGACUUUGUCAAAGGCUAUUUCCAUCAGGAAGCCUCCCUAUGCUCUCAGGUGUCUUGCAUGAACGACGUUUGCGGUAUGCUGCCUUUCCACACGCCCGACUUUGCCGACCAAUUUUACAGACUGUGGACGUCGCUGUUCCUGCACGCCGGCAUCCUUCACCUGGCCGUCUCGGUCACCUUCCAGAUGAUUAUCAUGCGCGACCUGGAGAAGUUGGCCGGACCCCUGCGCAUCGGCAUCAUCUACCUGGGCUCCGGUGUCGUUGGCAACCUCGCCUCGGCCUUGUUUGUGCCAUACAGAGCCGAGGUGGGUCCGUCCGGUUCGCAUUUUGGUUUACUCGCCUGCCUCUGCGUCGAAGUGCUGCACGCCUGGCCGCUACUUCGGACGCCCUGGCGGGCACUCGGCCGGCUCCUCAUGACGGUCGCCUUCCUCUUCGUCGCCGGACUUUUGCCCUGGGUCGACAAUUUCGCUCACAUUUUCGGGUUCAUUUCGGGCGGACUGCUCUCGUACACUUUCCUGCCGUUCAUCACGGUGGGCGUGUACGACCGCCGGCGCAAGUUGGUGCUGAUUGGCGUCACGCUGACGCUGGCCGCCAUCCUGCUCACCACACUCGUCCUACUCCUCUACGUGUGGCCCAUCCAGGAUUCCGGCGUCAUCCAAACGCUCGGCUACCUCAACUGCGUGCCCAUCACGCGCGAUUUCUGCGCCGAGCAGAACAUCCACUUUAGCAAGCGGGAAGUCAACAUCCUCUGAGGAAACCCCCCUUCCCCCCACUCCUCACUCUCUACCCAUUCCCCUCCUCCUCCUCCAAAACGGACAAAAAAUGUUAAAUUUUUUUUUAAAUUAAUUUUCAAAUUCACACGCAAGAAAUUUUUGUUGAACGGCCACCGGAAAUAGAAAAAAUUUGGACGGACAUGCCCGUCUCCAUCUCGUGUUGCUGUUAUACUUUUUAGUGUACGAAAAGAAAAAUUCACUGGACACACCUCACACACAUGGAUACAAUGUCACAUGGACACACACAGCGCAUAAUUCUCUUAAAUGAAAUUGAAUUGCAAAAGAAAAAGAAAAUGUUCAUCGUAGGUCUCUCUCUUUCUCACUUGAUUUGUUGAUUUGUUAAUUUCUCAACGUACGUGACGGUUAUAAUUAGAACCCCCCUUCAUUCCCGAAAAUGUUUGUCAAUUUCAUUUGAUUUCUCCCCCCUCCAACUUUGUGCGAGUGCUCGGUGUGUUUCUAAUUCUUCUGUCUUGUUGAUUGUUUCCCUAAAUUUUUUAUUUGGAACAUUUUCAUUCGGAAUUUCAUUUUUUAGGUCCCCCCUAUAAAAACAUUUCGGCGCAGGAUUUGAAAAAUAAAAUUUUGAAUUCCC